AUGAGGGUUUUAAGUUUUGCUUUUAAGCGUCGCAUUACUUAUGCGAGUAACUGCGGGUCGUUAUUUUCAAAACCAUUAAUUCAAAAAUUUUCUUCAAGCUCAAGAAAAUACGACGCGUUUUCACCUUUAGACACGUUUCCGCGUAGACACAAUGGUUCUUCCGAUUCAGAUGUCAAAAGAAUGCUCGACCUUGUUGGUGUUAAAGAUAUGGAAGAAUUGGCUUCAAAAACGGUUCCCGCCAAUAUUCUUUCUAAAAAACGCCUUGCUUUAGAAAAUGGCCUUACUGAGAACGAACUUUUGAAAAAAUUGAAGAAUAUUGCCUCGAAAAAUAAGAUAUACAAAUCGUAUAUUGGCAUGGGUUAUACAGAUACUAUUGUACCUCCCGUUAUAUUAAGAAACAUAUUGGAAUCGCCUGGAUGGUAUACACAAUACACACCAUAUCAGCCUGAGAUUUCUCAAGGUCGCUUGGAAUCACUCUUAAACUUUCAAACUAUGGUCACUGAUCUCACUGGAAUGAACAAAGCAAAUGCAUCCCUUCUCGAUGAAGGAACUGCUGCAGCAGAGGCCAUGCUUAUGGCAUAUUCUGCAGGUAAACAAAAACAGCACACUUUCUUUGUGGAUGAAAAAUGUCACCCUCAAACUAUUGCAUGCCUGCAGACUCGUGCAGAAUGCUUUAAAAUCAAAGUCAUUGUAGGAAAUGCUUUGAAUUAUGAUUUUGAUCAAUAUGGUAAAGAUUUAUCUGGAAUUUUAGUUCAGUAUCCUGCUACCGAUGGUACGAUAAAUGACUAUACUGAACUAGCAAAUAAAAUUCACUCUAUGGGUGGACAAUUAAUUUGCGCUACUGAUUUAUUGGCACUUACUCAUCUUGUUCCUCCUGGUGAAUGGGGAGCUGACAUUGCGAUCGGUAAUAGUCAACGAUUUGGCGUUCCGCUAGGUUAUGGCGGUCCGCAUGCUGCUUUUUUUGCUUGUAAAGAACAUCAUGUGCGAAGGAUUCCUGGUCGGUUAGUUGGUGUUUCACGUGACCCUUCUGGUAAUAAAGCCUAUCGAUUGUCUCUGCAAACCAGAGAGCAACAUAUUAGGAGAGAAAAGGCUACUAGUAAUAUUUGUACAGCUCAAGCCUUAUUGGCAAACAUGGCAGCUAUGGGGGUGAAAGCCAUUGCCAAGCGCAUUCAUGAUUUUACUAAUACUCUGGCGGCAGAAAUUAAGCAUCACGGAUAUACUAUUAAAACGGACCAUUUUUUUGAUACAUUAAAUGUCCAUAUUGAGAGUGGAUCUAAUGAAAUAUAUAAAAAAGCCUUGAACGCUGGUAUUAAUCUUCGUAAAGUAGAUGAUUUUACUAUUGGUAUUACUUUGGAUGAGACAGUUACGAAAGAUGAUCUAGUGAAUCUCAUUCGCGUUUUUGCUAAGGAUUCAACAUAUAUACCAAGUCUUGUGGAUGUUAAAAAAUCAAACAUUCCAAACCAAUUUAUUCGUACUUCGCCGUUUAUGCAACAUCAGGUUUUUAAUUCUUACCAUUCAGAAACUGAAAUGCUACGAUAUAUUUAUCAUUUGCAAUCUAAAGACCUUUCAUUGGCUCAUUCUAUGAUUUCCUUGGGAAGCUGUACUAUGAAACUUAAUGCUACAACGGAAAUGAUUCCUGUAACAUGGCCUGAGUUUGCAAAUAUUCAUCCAUUCGUACCAAUUGACCAAGCAGAAGGGUAUAAAAUCUUAAUUCAGGAGCUUGAACACGAUCUUGCCGAGACAACUGGAUUUGAUGGUGUUUCGUUGCAACCCAAUUCUGGUGCACAGGGCGAAUAUGCUGGGCUUCGCGUAAUUGGUGCGUAUCAUAAAUCGCGUGGGGAUGAAAAACGCGAUGUUUGUCUUAUUCCAGAUUCUGCCCAUGGCACAAAUCCAGCAUCGGCAGCUAUGUCUGGUAUGUCAGUUCUUAAUGUUAAAUGUAACAAUGGAGAUCUUGACAUGAAAGAUCUCAAAGAAAAAGCAAGAAAAUACAAAGAUCGAUUGGCUGCAUUCAUGGUUACGUAUCCAUCAACAUUUGGAGUGUUUGAAAACGGUGUCGUAGAAGCAUGCGAAAUAAUCCAUAAUUAUGGUGGGCAAGUUUACAUGGAUGGUGCCAAUAUGAAUGCACAGAUUGGGCUAUGUAAACCUGCUGACAUCGGUGCCGAUGUUUGUCAUUUGAAUUUGCACAAGACAUUUUGUAUACCGCAUGGUGGUGGUGGGCCAGGUGUUGGUCCUAUAGGAGUAAAAUCACAUCUUGUGCCCUUCUUACCCGGACACCCAGUAAUUAAGACUGGUGGUGAUAAGGGUAUAGGUCCUGUGUCAGCCGCUCCAUUUGGUUCACCAAAUAUUUUACCUAUUUCGUGGGCAUACAUAAAGAUGAUGGGUAGUGAAGGAUUGAAAUCCGCUACAUAUCACGCGUUACUUAAUGCAAAUUAUAUGGUUCGUCGCUUAUCUGAACACUACAAGAUCUUAUAUACCAACCAAAACGGCAUGUGCGCACACGAAUUUAUUGUUGAUAUUAGACCAUUUGCAACUAGUGCUGGCAUACAUGCGAUUGAUAUUGCUAAACGUCUUCAGGACUAUGGCUUCCACUCUCCAACUAUGUCAUGGCCAGUUUCUAACACUUUAAUGAUAGAGCCAACUGAAUCUGAAUCAAAAGUAGAAUUAGAUCGAUUUUGUGAUGCAAUGAUUGGCAUCAGAAAUGAAAUACACGAAGUUGAACUUGGCAAGCAGCCAAAAGGCGAUAAUAUCCUUACAAAUGCACCACACACAAUUCAAACAUUGGUAAAGCCAACAUGGGAUAAGGCAUAUACAAGAGAACAGGCUGCCUUUCCCGUAAAAUCUUUAAGGGAGCGUAAAUUUUGGCCAACAGUUGGAAGACUUG